AUGAAAGAGCGGGGGAUGGAGAAAGGACCUUCUCCAUGCUGGGACCUCCACAGCGUCACCUCUUCCAGCAGCACAGUGUGACCUGGGGAUGUUCUUCCCUCAGCUGCAGCUCUGGAUUUCUCCAGGUCUCAGUAACAACUCGCUGCCCGGUCUCAAGGAGAGGGACCUGCAGGAGGGGCAGACACCGGGGAUGGUGAUAUCUGACUGUGUGGAUUGGGAGCCUGGGUUGUACGUGGAACUGGUUUCUUUCUCCUGGGACCACUGCAGCACUCAUCUUGCUUUUCUAACAAUUCCCCUGAAUCUGGUUUUGCACUGUGGUGAUGGAGCUCGAGGUGCUGCUGCCAGAUGAGAUGGGCGCAGGGAGCUCGGCCCAUCUCCCCAACCCUGUGCUGGGACGUGAAGUGACCUCCUGUGGCACCUGUUACUGAUACAGACCCUGUUGCUGUUAUUUUGCUAUUUUUUUAAAAUUAAAACAUGGUAAAUAAUCAUGUCUGUCCCUUCUGUUCCUCACAGUGCUUGUUGAAAGCCACUGUUCUCCCCAUCAGCCCUUGUGUUCCUGCGUACGGGGGCUUGUGUGCCGCCCCCCCAGAAGCUGCUGCCGCAGGAGCCCCAGCAGCAGCUGGAAGCAGCCGUGGGCGUUGGGGACAAACCCACCUGCUGGUGGGUGAGCAGACCUCCCUGCGUCCCCCGCGAGCGGUGGCUGUGCGGGAGGGCCCCUUCCCAGUGCUCCCAGUCCGUCCAUCCUUGAGCUUUCCAGUCAGGGGCAGAUUCCAGCAGGGCUGGGGAUGCUGUUGGGACAGUCUCAGCCCUUUUUUCUUCCUUAGCUGUGAAAACCCUAUUUGUGGUGGCUUCUGCCAUGGACAGAGGUUCCUCUUUCUUCUUCCCUAUUUUUCUUCCCCAUGACCUUUGUUUGUUUUGUUGUUAUUUCCCUUCCCGUAGCACUCACAUCACUUCACUUCCUCUCGACCUUUGCCCCAUUCAGGCUGAGAUUCCAGCUCAAAGAGAGAAUCCCGCACAUCAGAGCCGGGUUCAGGCUGCGGUGGGUGAAAUGUGGGAGACGUAGGAUCACAUCCCCCUUUUUGAGGCGCCUUUUUCCCCCAGGUCAGGGUUGCUCUGGCUUUUGGGGGCUGCAGCAGCUCAAUAUGACCUUGAUGGACGUGGCAGCUCUGACAAGCUGCCCUUCUCAUCGCACCUUUUGAACCGCAGCCCCCGCUUUGUCAUAAGGGACACAGCACAGUUAGCUCAGCGAGGCUGGCAGCUCUGCAGCAUCUCUGGGAGCUCGGCUUUUGCUGCUUUGCCUCUGUGCAGUCAGAUUAGAUGCAGAAAAGCCUUUAAAACCUGCAGACCUUUAAACUAAAGUGUGUGUUGCUGGUCGAGAAGCCGCAACCCUUCCUGUGUUUGACGUUUCUCAAAUAAAAUUUCCUAAUAUAUCUCCGCAGGGUUUUCUCUACCUGCUCUGGUCACAAUCGAGCCCCUUCGUGUGCUCACAUUGCCCAGGCUGGAAACCACUUUCCCCUAAAAAGGGAUAAAUACCUAAUUUGGGGCUGUUUCAAUAGGUCCUGACAGUUUGUUUUUUCCUCUCAUUGGGGUUGAAAAAUCCUCGCAUGCGAUUUCUUCCUCGGUGCAGAAAAAGAUGAGCGAAUCUUCCAAAGCAACCAGUAAACGUGUCAUUUCCCACCUUUAUAUUUUCUAUAAGUUUGGGGCUGUGUUUUCACUUUUGACCUUCCCCGCCCUCCAGUUGCUCCAGUCCCGCUUCCCAAAGGGAGCAGCUGAGUGUCUCUUGGAAAUGCCUUGAAAACAAGGAACAAAGAGAAACAGCUUGAUUUCUUGAGCUUUUUGGGCCAUUUUCCAUCUUUCCCCUCAAAGGGCUCAUUUCUAACCCCUUAUUUCCAGAGUCCCCCGGGUUUUUUUGGCAAAGCAGCAAAAUGGUGAUGUGCUUUAAACCCAGGCUGGAAAACCAGUGAAAUUACAGGGAAACUGGUAAAAGUGGCGAUGCUGGGAUAGGUUUGGGUGGGGAGAAGCAGUGACCGAGGCAAGAAAACACCUUUCGAGCAGCUGAAGGGAGGAGAUAAGGGUGGAAUGGAUCUGGUUUUAUUUAUUCCAUAGGAAUCCCGAUUCUCGCAGUCCUGGUAGGAACAUUCUGGGAGAUCGCGGAUCAUUCUCGCCAUGACACCUUAUUUCUCGUGCAAAAUGACCCAUUUGGGCAGAGCGGAGCAAGGUCUGGAACGGCCCGUUUACCGAACUGUGGAUCUUGGAGCUCUGGCCUGGAGAGGAACUUGCGGAGAUAAACCAGAGGAGCGAAAAACCGCAGAAAAGCCGGUUUUCUCCGGGCUGGAUGGGCCGCGUUGGAGCCAGAGGCACCGCUGGUGAUCCUCCCGCCUCUCCCGCUAUGGCCGAGGAAAUUGUCUAUGCUGACCUGGAUAUCAGGUCUGGAAGGUGCAGCAGGAAAGUGCAUUCGCUUCCUCAACCUGGCACAUCGAGCUGUCCCCGGUGGCACCGAGCGGCUCUCUGUGCUGGCUGGACCGGGAACCUCAUCCUCGGGGUGGCCCUGGUGGCGAUGGGAUGCUCAGUUCUGCACCAGCAGCCGGAGAACCCAGAAAGCUGCAAAAACGGGAGCGGGAACGCAGGAGAUGGCAACAGCACCCUGGAGAAGAUCCGCUCAGAGCUGCGGAAAGAGCUUUGCUUGCCAAAUCUGCAAGAGGCUGGGGGGUGCAAGAUCUGCCCCGGGGGCUGGAUGGCGAGUGGGACCAAGUGCUUCUGGGCUGCUGACAGGAUGCGCUCGUGGAACGAGAGCCGGGGGGACUGUGCGAGUCGGGGGGCCGAGCUGCUGAUGCCAGGGGACGAGGACGAGCUGGAUAUCCUAAACCGAAUCAUUGGGAAACCCAGCAGCUACUUCUGGAUCGGCCUCUCCCGCCCCUCUCAUGAGAAGGGCUGGACUUGGCUGAACGGCUCCCUCGUGGACUGGCGCCGCUCCAGGUUCUGGCUGAGACGUUGGUCUGGAGGAAGCUGUGCGAUGCUGAGGGGGAACAGCAUCACGUCUCAAAGCUGCAGCUCGGGAUCUCACUGGAUCUGCCAGAAAGAAGGCACCCAGCUCUGAGGGGGCAGGAGGGGCACAAAAUGGGCCAACAGCAGGAGAGACACCUGGGAACGGGCCAGGAUCAGGCCCUCGGUGGGGGCUGUGGUACUGGCAUUGCUCAACAGAUCUGCACCAAUUAAUUAUGACGUUAA